CUCUGCGCAUGCGCGAAUCUGGCAGCUUGGGCGCGCCAGGAAUAUUUUUCCGGGUAGCUUCUGGCUAUUUGCUGCUACUGCUCGUACACCAAACAGCCACGCUCCAAGUAGCCAGAAGCGGGAGGAAGGCACUGCUCAUACGCGAAUUCAGCUCUGCGCAUGUGCACGAGCCCAAACAAAGUUAUUCCGUUAUCAACUUCCAGGUUACCUGUAUUGACAUAUGAGGCGGUGGCCUAAGGGAACGACCGUACUUGUUAAUGCCUGUACUGCAUCUCCUAUCAGCCACCGCUCGGACAUUAGCUUUAUUUAAUUGUUUGUGCUAAAAGUAAGGAAGGCGCACGAUAUAGUACACAGUUAUUAUCAACAGAUGGCGCACAGUCUCACAGUUAUUCCCGUGGCCUAUAGAACGCCUUCCAAAUGGUCUACCCUCUCCUUAAGCCGGUAUUACACGACGGUCCGCCGCGAACGGUACUGGUCUGUCGCGACAGCCAUCUAGCGGUAGAACGGGUGAAACUACGAAAAUUAGCAGACACAUCCGCGCGCCGGAACAGAGAGCAGUUCAAAAUUCCCGUCAACCCGCGCAUGCGCACUAGGCUGCGAAACUUGCGCAUGCGCAGAAGCGGGUACCGCAGUGCUUUCUGCUUGUUGUUUGUUUAUGGUUGGGUGUGUAGAGGCAAAUUACAGUUUUUCGUGUUGGAGAUUUUUCCACAUUUUUUUCAGUAAGUAGGUUUUUAUAAAUGCAGUUAAAAAUAGUAUGCCAGUUGACUUUCUUUUAUACUAGCUGUUUGUGAACGCUUAUUGUUCUAUUUAUUGCUUCAUAUUCUAGAAAUGGAAUGGAACAAACAGGCUUUAAGGAUCCUUAUUCAGGCGUACAGCGAAGAAAAGUGUAUGUACAACCCACAGGACCCGCAAUAUCAUAAUAAGGUACGUCGGCAUCGUUUAUUUCUGAGUAAUAUGCAUAUUAUGUUACACGAUGAUUUUCGAUUCGUAUAUCAAUGCCUUAGCUUACGAAAGUUCAUGUUUGAUUUCAUUGCAUCUGUUGCUUUAUUUCAGAAUGCCAGGAAAGAGAAACUGACAGUGAUAGGCAGUAAAGUUCGCGCACUUUUGCCCAACGCAACAGAUGAGGACUGCAAAACUCGAUUCAUGUCUCUGCGGUCGCACUUUUGUGGAGAGCUUAAAAAAAUUAGAGCCAGUGAGCAUAGUGGUGCAGGGGCAAGCGAAGUUUACGAGCCUGCUGUGUGGUGGUUCAAUGCUUUGAAGUUUUUGAAGGACUACGUGACACCGAGGAAAACAGUGACAAAUAUCCCAAGCCGUAUGAUACCACAGCCACUCUCAUCAAAUCCAUGUAGCACGACCACUGUCAAUGACCCUUGUAAUACUGAGGUGACCACAGUUACUGAAGAGACCAUAGUAAAUGAGGGAUAUAUUGAAGAUGACAACAGCAAUUACUCCCAAGACAUAUUUACUGUGGAAUUGUCAGAGGGAAGUACACCUGUGUCAACGCCAUCAUCUCUAAGUGAGCAGCCCUAUGCUUCAGCCAGAAAGAGGCGUAGGAAGGACACUGAGGAUGAAUUAGCCACCUCAACAUUGUCAGUCUUAAGAGACAUUAGAGAUUCAAUUAGUGGCAGUAAUGAAGAUGACAAGUUUGGUAUGUCAUGUUCACUUUCACAAGGAUGAUGUUAUUUGGGAAACACAAAUUGUGGAUGAAAGGACUGGUCAGUUAUUAAGAGCCCCCUUCUCAAACCACGUUUGAGACCAGAUGCAGUUCCAUCACUACUCCCAAACUGUCCUUCCUACCUUUCAAAGGAAGAAAGUAGACGUGAAGGGCCAGAGGAGAAAAAGCAAAGGCUUGAAAAUGAGCAGUUAGCUGCAGCGUUACAAUAUAGUUUAGCGUCACAGAAGGACUAUGAAAACACUUUCAGCUUCAGUUCUUUAGAAGAGUUGAUGUUGCGUACAAAGGAAGUGGAUUUGCCCAAUGAGUGGAGUGUGAUCGAAAAACACAGUGAUUUUGUUUGUUUUUUAAAGAUAAUAAGAAAACCAGCACCACUAAUCACACAUUCUGUCAUUAUAAAUAGUAAUUUAAAUGUUUCAUUUUUUAAGAAAGAUGUACAAAUUAAGACAUUAAGAAAAAGAUCUUUUCCUGUGAUUGUAAAUAAUAUCCAUGAAAUUGUCAGUGUACUGCAGGAGUUUUCAGACACAGAUUGUGGGCACUCAGAAACUUUUAUAGAUAGUAUUGUAGAGAUAGUGAAAGACAGUCUAGGAGUGCUGAAAGACAGUUUACAGGAGAGUGAAAAGGAGAUGGUAGACUUUAUAUAUGAACAAGUUAG